AUGACUAUUAUUCUACAGCGCUUUGUCAUUUCCUUUACCCUUCUUUCUGUUGAUUUUUUUUUCAUUUCUGUUUUUUAUUUCUGUCUUUCACCGUACUCUCUCUCUCUCUCUCUCCCGCACACACACUCGCUCUCUCUAAUUGUCUCUAAUUUUUUUUCACUCAUUCUUCUUUUUGUUUACUCUUUCUUUUCCCUUCUGUUUUCUUUUUAUUUGGUUUUAUUGUUGUUGUUUUCCUUUUUUAGUUUUCUUGUCCUUCCUUCGUUUCUUUCUUUCUUUUUUCUUUCUUUCUUUCUUAAUCGCAUUCACUUUAUUUUAUUUGUUUUUUCUAUUUCCUUCUCUUUUUUUUUUUUUUUUUUUUUAAUAAUGUAUUUGCCUACUUUUUCUCCAUUUUUCUUUCUUAUAUUUCGCCGUUUCUUUCAUUUUUCCUUUUUGGUCUUUAUAAUGUUAUCUUUCUAUCUCAUGGCAGUUUUUCUUUCUUUUUUGUCAUAUUUUGUCACUCUCUACCAUUUUAACGUUCAAGUUUUCUUUCUCAUUCUUUCGUUGUUGUUUUUUUCUUUUUGUUUUGUGAUUUUUUUUUUGUUUUUUUUUUUAACACUCAGUUUUUCAGUUUCCCAAUUUUGUCUUUCUUUAGUUUUCUAUUUUUCCUUCUUUCCAAUUCUCUUACAUUUUUUCUUUCACUGUUCUUCAUCUCUACUUUCCUUUAAAUAUUUCUUUUCUUUUUUCCUUUACAUCCCUGUCUUUUUUAUUCAAUCUUUUUUCCUUCAAUCUUUACGAUUUUGCUACUUUUUUCUUUGCUAUCUCUACUUCCUUCUCUCCUACUCUCUCUAUUUGUGGAUAUGGGAAGAGUGCUUCAUUUCACGUUUUCCUUCAAGUAGAUUAUUUGCUUUUUAUUUCUUCCUUUUGUUUUCAAGUUCGAGAUGCGACACUAGUUUUUCUUUUCUUUUCUUUCUUUAG